AUGAAGUUAUUUGCACUCUGCGCUAUCCUGCUCCUCGCCAUGGUGGCAGUCCAGGCCAACCCCCACGGAGGACGACAUGGUGGCCACGGAGGACACGGUGGCUUUGGUGGAUACGGAGGACCCGGUGGCUUUGGUGGAUUUGGCGGACCCGGUGGCUACAGUGGACUCGGAGGACCAGCUGCCUAUGGAGGAGGACCAGCUGCCUAUGGAGGAGGACCAGCUGCCUAUGGAGGAGGACCAGGGGUCUAUGGCGGAGGACCAGGUGCCUAUGGAGGAGGAAGUGGAUUUGCCGAGGCCAAAGCCCAAGCCUCAGCCACGUCCUCUGCUUCUGGUGGCGGAGGAGGCUACGGUGGUCCAAAUUAUUACGGAUAGGCGACGAUAAUUCUCGCAGCCAAGAAAAGAAAAAACUUAACAAUUGUCUUUUAAUAAAA